AUGUCUUUGCUGGUGACAUCCUGUACCAUGGGCAAACAGCCUGACCGGCUCCUGAACAAAGGACCACAGUACUUACGGACCCGAACUAAUGCUGGGAUGUUUGGACAAAACAGGAAGAGUGCUGUAGAGCUCCUGGCUGCCAGCAAAGCUCAGUUCUAUAACAUCGGAGCGUCAGUCUCUCUGGAUAACCAUCAAGACCUUGCAGUUUCUUUCGGACAGCACGAGAGGUAUGUCACACUUU